UUUUAAAGAGGAGCACUUGCUGCUUGAUCUAAGGACAGGGACCGUUUGUGGUGAAUUUAUCUCACCCACCAUGCUACAUAUAAUCUUCUCCCUUACUGAGGGGAACUUUCACUCUCACUACAGCACCAUGGCUCUCAUCUCUCUGCUCCUUCUGGCUGCUCUGCUGCCACAGCUGGGCCACUCUGGAGGCCUUCAAGGAGACGUCUGGUGCUCUACCCAGUACAUAAACAUUCACAGUUCACCAAGUUCACACGCAGUGGAGCACACAACAUCCACCCCAAAAGCCAGUGUGAAUGUUGGUGUACUGAAUCGUGUAGAGGCUGAACCUCACUCCAGACCCUACAUGGUGUCUCUCCAAGCAGGGACUCAGCACUUCUGUGGUGCCUUCCUUGUGAGUGAACAAUUCGUCAUGACAGCUGCAUAUUGCCAAACUGACGUAAAUAGAAAUAUCACAGCAGUGAUAGGAGCUCAUAAUCUGACGAACAAUGACCCUGAGCGCAUACAUGUGAUGGAGCACUACAGCCACCCAAACUUUACAAAUGACCAGAAAUACCCAGAAAAUAACAUCAUGCUGCUGAAGCUAGCCAAGCCAGUUGUAAAUGCUUCCUGGAUUUCCAUCCCAGAAAAAGACGAAGACUUGGAGCAAAACACCACUUGCAGUAUAGCUGGUUGGGGACGCAUGAAAAACAGUGGACGUCUAAGUGAUGUUCUUAUGGAGGCGAAUGUCACGAUGUUAAGCAGCAAGGAAUGCAAACGUUGGUGGAAAUUCAACAAUACACUGUGUACAGAUGCUCCCCAUCGUGGAUUUUGCGUGGGAGACGGUGGAGGUCCUUUGGUGUGUAAUAAUACUGCAGUCGGAAUCAUGUCCUUCAAUGAAAAGAAUUGUGUAACUUCCAAAGCACCACAGGGCUACACCAAGAUUUCUGGAUUCCUGCCCUGGAUCAGAGGAAUAAUUAGUAGAAUUAAAUAGUUAGCAUUGUGAAUGGUUCACUGGGGCUGGCUUGACCAUAAAAUUGUGGUUCAUGAUUCAUAACAAAUAAUUUCACAGUAAAAAAGGUUUGACUGGCUAUAAAGGUUUUAUAUCACCUUUUUCUUGAUAGCAAAUAAAAGUUUGAAAACUGGCCAAGUAUGGAAAGAAAAUGAGUACAUUACAUUAGUAAAUUUGUUCUUUCAUUAAAAAUAAAGCACCUGAUUUGCAUUAAAAUCAGUUGUGAAUGCAGAUCUGUGGUUGCUUAUUUUAUGUAUGAACUAGUAAUACUGUUAAUGUUAUUGGCUCUCUGACAUGCUGUAAGACAGAAAUGCUGCAUACCUGCUUAUGCAUUAUACAUGUCAUGCUACAGCCAGCGACACAUAACUACCUGCCUGGUGGGGGUACAAUUGUACUGGGUCCCUAAAAUCUUUAUUGGUUCCUUCAUACAGAUACUGACACACAUGUCCACCCAUGACUCACAAUUUCUCAACAACAUCUCACCAGUUAGCUCCCACCAUCACUGCACAGACAGCCCUGAUGUCAACUUGUUACCCUCUUAUUCAUAAUGCAUCUCAGCCAUGAUUAGAACUAAAAUCAAAAUGAUAAGGGAUAAUAUUGAAUGUACAGAACAUCAUCUACUGUCCCUCCUAUGUGUGACUGUGUUCUAUUAUAGUAAUCAAGGCAUGAUUUACUACACUGUGUUCAAAUGUCACUGGACAUUACAAUUUAUCUCAAACUUUGUUUAUGUACAAAUAAAUAUGUACUAUUUUCUUUUUUGCCUUUCACAA